UACCGCCUCUCUGUCUAUCCGCGCGCGCUACCUGAAUCGACUCACCCGGGAUGCUGCAAUUGUUGACAAUGCCGGCGAACGAGCGGGAGUGAGAAAGAAGGAGAGAGAGAGGGAGAGAGAGGGGUGGCGAGUGUGUGUCGCGGGGCGAUACCGCAUUUCGGCCCACGACCGCCGAACGAGCGGGUGCGUUCUCUCCGUGACAGGCAGCGGUCGCAGGAGUGUAGACUCGCGGAAGUGCGGGCGCGUGCGCGCGUAUAGUUACCGGGUAGUACCUGCCUACCUACCUACCUACCUACCUAACCAAUUACUUACCUGACCAGCUACCUAGCUACCUAUCUAUCUUACGUAUAUCUCUUGGUUUCGUUUGUGUCGCGAAACAAACGGUAGCAAGGCUCAAUCGACGAUGUCACGGGUGUCAGGGACAACGGCUGGACCGUGACGCGAUCGCGGCACAGUGUGUCAAGUACGUCGAACAGGGUAUCAAUUCUACGGCACGGUGGUGGUGCUGAUACACCGGAGGCUUCCCGAGAAUUGUCGUCAUGCGUGCCUCCGGCAUGGGGGUGAGCGUCGUCGAGUACGCGGCACCGCGCCCGGCCCGGAUCGGCCGCGACGCGCGGUGAUCGACGCGCGGUCACCACCGUCGCCGAUGCACCCCGCGACGAUCGCGCUGUUGCUGAUCGUCGCCGAUCAAUCCCGCCAUCAAGAGAGAGCGCUCGCCGAGAGCGUUCACACAGUGAACGAGCAUGUCGCUGCCCCGCGGCGUCGGCCUCGGCGUCGACGUGGGCCAAUUGAUGCAGCAUCAGCAACAGCAACAGCAACAUCACGUGCUGCCGGCCGCGUUCUUCCUGCGCGCCAGUGCCGAGAGGUACCAGCGGACCCCCAAGUGCGCGCGAUGUCGUAAUCACGGGGUCGUGUCCGCGCUCAAGGGCCACAAACGCUACUGCCGAUGGCGGGACUGCGUGUGUGCCAAGUGCACCCUCAUCGCCGAGAGGCAGCGCGUCAUGGCCGCACAGGUCGCGCUUAGACGGCAGCAGGCCCAGGAGGAGAGCGAGGCGCGCGAGUUGGGCCUGCAAUUGCAAUACAAUGCCGGCAGCUGCACCACCGCCCCCGUUCUGCCGGCGGCCGCCGGCGCGACGCCAGCUGGUAGCCCGCCCCCGCACCCGGCGCACGUAGGGAGUCCGGCGGGCCUCGCGAUACCCGCGGCGGCCGCGGCCGCCGCCGCCGCUGCCGCCGCCGCUGCCUCCGCGCACAUCCAGACGCAGCUCCAGCACCAGCCGGAAUGCGGUCUCCUGCCGAGGAAGAGGUCCACCCAGGACGAAUACCGGCAGCCCAAGGUCGAGAAAAGUGAGGCCGCCGUCGGCGGCGGCGGAGGCAUCACCGGAUCCAAGCGAUCCAGGAUCUCCGAAAGCACGACGACAACGAUCUUGUCGACCAGCGACACCGGCAACGAGGACGACCGCGAUUCCGACUCUGGCGGCGAAUUGCGAGCCGACCGUUCGUUGGUCGUGUCGACGUCAUCGGGUAUGCCGGAGUCCGAGGUGGCGAGGAAACGCACCAGCAGCCUCAACGACUCCGAGGAGGGUAGCCCCGAGCCGGGCUCGCAGAGCCCGACGCACACACCGCCGCUGACCCCGGCCCUGACGCCGCAGCGGGAGGACACCCCGGCGCCGGAGAACCUCAGCCUACGCAAAAGCGGAAGUCCGCCGCAGACGCAGCCGACCUUGCAACCGGUGGAUCUGGUACAGCCUAGACCUAGUCCCCCGCUACCCUCGCUAGCUGUGAGUCCUGCGAGUUUCGAUCUUACCAAGGCCGCGGCGACGGCGGUGCACUUUCCGCCGUAUGCGCCUCUCUACGGGCCGACGGCGAGCUCGCUGUAUUGCUCGCCGGCGCUGUAUCAGCACCAGCACCAUCACCACAUACCCGAGCCGCGAGAGAUUCAGAUGCAGAUGCAGAUGCAGAACAUCCAGCAGACCUGCGGACUGCAGCAGCUGCAACAGCAGCAGCAACAACAGCAGCAGCAGCAACGCUCGCCGGUGGACGUUCUGCUGCGCGUGUUCCCCGGAAGACGUCGCGCCGACGUCGAGGCGCUCCUCCAUCGUUGCAAAGGCGACGUGGUGUCGGCCAUGGAGGUGCUGGUCUGCGAGGACAGUCUGCAGCCGAAGUCGGCGUUCUCGCCGUUGGCGGGCGCCCUGGCGUCGGCCGCCGCGGCGUCCGCGUCCGUUUCGGCGGCGUACGCGAGCCGCGCCGCGUACUGCACCACCCCGAUACCGUCUACGCGGCACCGCUUCCUGGCGGCGCCGUACACCGGCACCGGUUACCUGCCCACGGUCAUCAAGCCGCCGAACCAGAGCCUGCACGCCAACGGCACCGGCGACGCCUACCGGGAGACCAGCCCCGACGACGCCAGCGACAAGACCAGCUACUCCGAGUGACCUGAUCCAGGUCACCGCGCCGCCUGGUCGUACCUUCAGUAGUGCCCAAACGGAUGACGACGACGACGACAACGACAACGUCGACGUCGUUCUCACUUCCUCGAGUUCGCGACGGCAACGCGAUGAAGAAUCGCUCGCUCUCCACACCUCGAUGUGUGCAGUUCGGCUAGCCAGCCGGAAAUCGUCCUCCGAAAUGACGACGCGAUCGUUCAGCUUUGUCCGAACUAGAAGCGGAUCUUUCAGGAAGAAGAUGAAGCGAUCGCCGGAAGGUAGAGAUUACGCGUCGAUGGAAUCGGCAACGCUUGCUGAGGAACUGCUUGGCGACGGUAAGACCAGCUGCUCGCCGAAAUGGGUCGUCAGCUGAUCGUACCUGCCCGUCAGACGAGUUCCAGUCUACCGAGAGUAAGCUCGCUCGGCCUUCGAACGCGCGGAGCAGCGUAAGAGCUUGAAUAAGUGAAAAUGGCAGUGCGCUACAUGCAUUCAUGAAGCGAGAGAAGUUUCUCUAUUUUCUCCUCUUUGCGGGUCGGUCAGUGUUCGUCCUUAAAUCCCACCUAGACCGACUGCGAAUGAGUCUGCCGGCGGGUUCGUUGAACGACGUUUCACCAACGGAAGAGCGCGAUCAAGAGAGAAGAGCGCGUGACUCCGUGGGCACAGCCAGUGCCCAAUACGCAAUGUAAACGAGGAAGAGGCUGACCACUAUCAUUUGGAGACCCGUGAAGUUUAAACCGUCUCAAGAAGAGAUCCCGACACGGAUUGGAUCAUCGAUGUCUGCGACCUGCCGACACACCGCCGGAUACGACGUCGCAAAGAGGCUGUUCCAAUGAAGACAAUAAAGGAGUCAACACGCCGUUGUCUCCAGAGGAAGGCGCUACGAAAGAUGUUCGCGCCGGGAUGUCCAAGACAGUCGUCUGACAAUCUACUUUAGUGUCUACGCAAUUCAUGCAUUUCUCGCCGCGGAAUCGCCGUCACGUCGAAGCGGAUCGGCAAUCGGAGGUAGAGGACGCGCGAUGGAGAUGAUCGAGAGUCGGAAUGUCUCUACGUUGACUUCGGCGAGUGAGCGACGCGAUCGAAACACGAAGGGAAAAUAACGAAGAAGAAAGAAAAGAAGAAAAGAAAGAGGAGAAGUAUGAUGGGAGAUUCACACUCGGGCCGAUUCGUCUCACCGGGAUUAUACUUUAUACAUGUGUAGAUAAAGACUUAUCAGAUAGGCAGAUAUGUGUGUGCGUGUGUGUGUAGGUCUCUCGACGAAGAGUAAUAUCAGCGAACACGGAGGGAGAUGGUGAGGUGAGUCUGUGUAAAUACAUCCGCUAUUCUAGCUAAUUACAUUGCAUUAAUCUGAGACUUCGCCGGAAUAAUUAAACGUGUUUUGGAGCGCGCGUAAAUAUACACAUAAGUGUUUGCCUGUAAGUAUAACGCCUGCAAGAUAUCUAGAUUUUUGGGCCGCUAGCGACCGGAAGGCAUCGUUCUGCAUAGUUACCAUUCAUGUUACUCGAAAAAGAAUGUAUAGAACGAAGAUACAUCCAAUAAAUAAGAUAUUGA